UCUUAAAUUAACAACAUGCCGCAUGUUCCGGGCGAGAAGGAUCUGGAGACCUCGACGAUCAUCCUGUGCUCCAUAUUCGCUGUGGUCGUCUGCUUAGUUCUUGUGGUGUUAAUAAGAUGGGUAAUCCGUAAAAGGAACCAAAAGUUGGCAGACAAGGCCGUGAUCGAAGCAACACCCGUGGUGGUGACCUCCGCCACGCACACGGCUCCCGGAGGAUAUCCGGUCACACAGCUGCCUCCGCCGGGCUAUCCGGCGGGCAAUGCCUACGCAUCUCCCGCACCGUAUCCCGCUCAAACUACCAGCAAUGUGACCAUGCAGAUGCCCAUGCCAAUGCCCCAGCAGAACCAACAGCAAAUGCCGAUGCCCGGCAUGCAGACACAUGGCGUGGUCUAUCCUACGUAUCCCGGAGCCGGAGCUGCCAGCAUGAAUCCUCCAUCGUACGACCAGGCCAUAACCCAUCCAGGACCAAGCGUUAUGCCCGCCGGCUAUGAAAAGCAAGCACCCUACAAUCCCAACUUUAAUCAGUGAUUUCCAAAGCCGUACUCAUAGUGGAACUUAUGCUGGAAAAGCGACCUAUUUACGCCUCGUUAUAGCUUUUUUAUACUCGCCUUAAACACAUUAGUUUCCAUUUCCAUUUCCUCCCCCCCUUACAUUAUUGUAUUCUCCAAAAUGAACUCUAAAUUAGUCGACGAUACAUUUUCAAAACGGCCGGUGGUAGAAGAAAAACCAAAGGAAAAGCGAUCGAGCACAACGAGCCAUUUUUGUAUUCCUUGUGAUGUAUGUAAAGUGUACAUAUAACUUAAGUCCAAACUUUACUUUAAUUUAUAUACUUACAUUAAGAAAUUCGAAAGAGAAAACAAAACAUGAAGUGUUAAUUGUAAUAAACCAGAGAAGUGCACAUCAAACAUCUCCUGAAGCGUUUUGGUUUCGAUGUGCACUUCCGCACAAAAAGCACAAAAACCGGAAAA